AUGACAACAAUGGCUAAUAGAACUCGGAAACGUAUUAAACUAUCAAGUAACAUAAUUGAAAAAGAUUCGGUAGCGUCAGAGAACAAGAUCAAUAGCAUUGGAUCUGGACAACUACAUUUACCAAAUAUUGAUUUUAACACAAAAUGGUCGCAGAAUGGUGUUACCGUGGCAGGAGGUAAUGGUCCUGGUAGUGCAGUUAAUCAACUAUAUUAUCCAUGGGAUAUGUAUGUAGAUAAUGAUCAAACUAUUUAUGUAGCUGAAUACUCGAAUCAACGUAUUACGGAAUGGAAGUGUGGUGCAAUGAAUGGUCAAGUUGUUGCUGGUGGGAAUAAACAAGGAAAUCGAACUAAUCAAUUGAAUGGUCCAGCAAAUGUAAUUAUCGAUAAAGAAAAUGAUAAUAUCAUCAUUUGUGAUCUAGGAAAUCGACGAGUUGUACGAUGGCCACGUCGAAAUGGCAAACAAGGAGAAAUAAUCCUUUCAGAUGUUGAUUGUUGGGGUUUAGCCAUCGAUAGCAAUGGAUACUUGUAUGUUUCAGAUUAUAAAAAACAUGAAGUGAGACGAUGGCAUCCAGGAGAUAUAUGUGGGACCGUGAUAGCUGGUGGUAAUGGAAAAGGUAAUCGUCUCGAUCAAUUCAAUUUUCCUGCUCAUUUAUUUGUCGAUCAAGAUUAUUCACUGUACGUAUCAGAUAUUGGUAACCAUCGUUUGAUGAAAUGGAAACAAGGUGCAAAAGAAGGUAUUGUUAUCGUAGGUGAUGGAUGUGAAGAAAAUGAUCGUAUACAAUUAUCAUAUCCUUCUGGAAUAGCUGUCGAUCACUUAGGUACGGUAUAUGUUGUAGAUUCUCACGAACAUCUAGUAAUGCGUUGGCUCAAAGGAGCAACACAAGGUAGUAUUAUCAUAGGUAGCAAUGGACAAGGAACAGAAACAAAUCAAUUGAAUGGUCCUGUUGGUCUAUCAUUCGAUCAGCACGGUAAUAUUUAUGUGGCCGAUAAUCUGAAUCAUAGAAUACAGAAAUUCCAUAUUGAUUCAACUUGA